AUGCGGAGGGGCGAGCGCAGGGGCGCCGGGGGGCCGCGGCCGGGGUCCCCGGUCCCCGCGGGCAAGGCCGCGCUGGAGGAGCCGCCGGCCGCCGCGCCCGCCGGCCGCCGCAGCACCGAGUCCGAGGUCUACGACGACGGCACCAACACCUUCUUCUGGCGCGCGCACACGCUCACCGUGCUCUUCAUCCUCACCUGCGUGCUGGGCUACGUGACACUGCUGGAGGAGACGCCGCAGGACACGGCCUACAACACCAAGAGAGGUAUUGUGGCCAGUAUUUUGGUUUUCUUAUGUUUUGGAGUCACACAAGCUAAAGACGGGCCAUUUUCCAGACCUCAUCCAGCGUACUGGCGGUUCUGGCUGUGUGUCAGCGUGGUCUACGAGCUGUUCCUCAUCUUCAUCCUCUUCCAGACGGUGCAGGACGGCCGCCAGUUCCUGAAGUACGUGGACCCCAGGCUGGGGGUCCCGCUGCCGGAGCGGGACUAUGGGGGGAACUGUCUCAUCUACGACGCAGACAACGAGACAGACCCCUUCCAUAACGUCUGGGACAAGCUGGACGGCUUUGUGCCCGCGCACUUCAUUGGCUGGUACCUGAAGACCCUGAUGAUCCGCGACUGGUGGACGUGCAUGAUUGUGAGCGUCAUGUUCGAGUUCCUGGAGUACAGCCUGGAGCACCAGCUGCCCAACUUCAGCGAGUGCUGGUGGGACCACUGGAUCAUGGACGUGCUGCUCUGCAACGGGCUGGGCAUCUACUGCGGCAUGAAGACCCUCAAGUGGCUGUCCCUCAAGACGUACAAGUGGCAGGGCCUCUGGAACAUUCCGACCUACAAGGGCAAGAUGAAGAGGAUCGCGUUCCAGUUCACGCCCUACAGCUGGGUCCGCUUUGAGUGGAAGCCCGCCUCCAGCCUGCGCCGCUGGCUGGCCGUGUGCGGCAUCAUCCUGGUGUUCUUGUUGGCAGAGCUCAACACCUUCUACCUGAAGUUCGUGCUGUGGCUGCCCCCGGAGCACUCGCUGGUCCUGCUGCGGCUGGUCUUCUUCGUGAACGUGGGCGGCGUGGCCAUGCGGGAGAUCUACGACUUCAUGGACGACCCGAAGCCGCACAAGAAGCUGGGCCAGCAGGCCUGGCUGGUGGCCGCCAUCACGGCCACGGAGCUGCUCAUCGUGGUCAAGUACGACCCGCAGACGCUCACGCUGUCGCUGCCCUUCUACAUCGCCCAGUGCUGGACGCUCGGCUCCGUGCUCGUGCUCACCUGGACCGUGUGGCGCUUCUUCCUGCGGGACAUCACCCUGCGCUACAAGGAGACCCGGCGGCAGAAGCAGCAGAACAGCGGCGACCAGGGCAGCACUGCCCACGGGGACAGGCAUGGCGACAGGCACCGGUCUGGGCGGGACAGCCCCCCGGGGCCCCUGGAGGCGGAGAGGGAGGAGGACCAGCACUGA